UAUGUGUCUGGGUUUAAGCAAAGUAAAAGCAUUCGAAAUGUAUGUUUAUGUCUUAAAUAGGAGAAACCAAUAUGAAAGCUACUGUCAGUCGGGAGAGCGGUAAUCGAAAGCAACGAGCGCCAUUCACAACUCGUGCUCCAGAAAAUUAUUUUUCAAACUUCUUUUUUUUUCAAUUUGAAUCUAAGAGUGAGCUUAUAUAAGGAUUAGACUGAUCAAUAAAGAUCAUUGUCACCAUGGAAAUAACAAAGAGCAUUGCAUAUAACAACACACAUCGAAUAUUACCAUUGAAUUCAUCUGAAGAUGCAAGGAACGAUUCAGUCGAGAUGACAAUAACAUUUUCAAUCAGUCAGCAGGGCACAAACCUGUCCCUUACGGACUUUACUGAAUACAAAAUCGCCGAAUUCAUGGAAGACCAUUACCGGUAUUUUAUCAGUGCUAUUGGUAUCCCUGGUAACCUUGCCUGUAUCGUAGUCUUGAUUUUCAUGAAGCUAAAAUUGUCGUCAUAUCUGUUUAUGAUGGCACUGGCGAUAACUGACUUAACCGCAAUACUCUUGAUAUUAUCCUACCGUUUAUUGGACGAAAACAACGUAAGAUUAGGUGAUCGAUUUUGUCAAGUGAUUUUCUUUGCUGGAACAACUUCUCAGAUGUAUCCAAACUGGAUUCUAGUUGCCAUGACAAUAGAAAGAUUUAUUGCCGUGAAGUUUCCUUUCAAGUUCAAAACGAUUUGUGUAAGAAAAAAUGCAGUUUUUGUGAUAGUGAUUCUACUUGUGUCAAUUAUAUCAGCAAAUGCACAGUUUCUGUUUACUUUCGAGGCAGUGCAAGGUUCUUUCCCAUGCGGACCGAAGGAAAGAUACGGCGAUUUCAUUCAUUUUGUCUGGUACUGGAUAGACGGAGCACUGUACGCUAUUAUCCCCUUGUCUGUUAUUCUCGUUUUAAACAGUUUGAUUAUUUACGACACAAGAAAAUCUCGGAAGACUUUGACCGCCAGAGGGCGCAGUUCUCACGAGUGUACCCGGAUGUUGUUAACGACAACGAUUGUUUUUGUUUUGCUUGUUUUACCAAACUGUCUCUUCUUUAUAUGUCGAGGCUACUGGAACUGGCGAAAAACGUCUCACAGUAUUGCACAAUAUCAUCUGGUGUAUCAGAUCGUGUUUAUGUUGUCUGAUCUAAACCAUGCCAUCAAUUUUUAUCUUUAUUGUCUUAGUGGGCGGAAUUUUCGAGAAAAAUUUCUACAGUUACUAUGCCUACGGUGGCGAAGACGACCAACUAGACCUAACCGUUCUAUAUAAUCAACAGUUCAUAGGGAAUAUUUGAAAUACCAUGCCGCUUUACUUGGUUAUACCACACACUAAACUACAUAACUAUAUAAUGAAACCAAUUAAAUUCAUCAGAAAAUCAUAAAGAUUGCAUCGAAAACCGGAAAGACGAUAUCGUAGAGCUAACUGUCGGCUAUGUAAAAGUAAUCUCAGUUUGAAACAAUACGAAGAUGUCUCAUAGUUUUUUUUCUGUUUUUAUUUUUCUGUUACUUUGAGCUAAAAAAAUCGUCGUCAUAUCACACUCGCACCCCCACUCCCCCCUCUCUCCCGCUCCCCUAAUUUGCUUGAAGUCAUGUCAUUGAUCUUUCCGCUAGAAAGUAUGUAUCUAGAAUAUUGAUAACAUAAGAAAGGUUUUAAGAUUUUCAGGAUAAGAAUUUGAUAGAGGAAAUGGCGAUGGAUCAACGAAACACAGUUUCCGAAUUUAUUCCUCCCAAAGCUAUUUUAGAUUACUUUGGCAUUUUGGUGGGUUUUACAGCGUUUUAAAUCAUUUAAAUUGUUUAAGAUAUCUAGUCAGUUAGCCUAACAGUUGCAUGUCAAAUGAAACACAUUUACGGUAUAUCGCGUCUCUGGUGAAAUAUGCUGAAGAACGUUUGCUUAGCGUGAAUUCUCUCAUAUAAUGGUCUGUCUGCAUUUGCCGCGAUUGAAAAACUGUUAAGGGCUACAUUUUGUACUGUAUUCACCAGUAUCUGGGAGAGAUUGUAAACAACAAAUUAGCAUCAUUAGUGUGACACUGUAUCACCAAAGCCAUGAACAAAUUGACAAAAAAAAAAUAGUCAAAGUGUUGGCCAGUUUCUGUCAAAUUCAAAACUCUGUCAAGUGCAAUAAAGAUUUUCAGAUUAUUUGACACAAAGAUUUAUACUAACAAAACAAUAUGGCUGAAGUGUUCAAAAUAUCGUGCAAUGAAGAAUUAUCUGAUGCAUAUUAAGCGCAACAAGAUGAGAACCAAACGUCGUCCUAGAUUUAAGAUAAAUGCCUAAAAUAGUGACUAUUGAUUAUAUUUUUCUGCGAGUUUCCGACAAAACAUAGCAUUGUAUCCCAAAGACCAUUUUCCCAA